AUGAUAGAUGCAGCAAGUGGAGGUGCGUUGGUGGAUAAGACUCCUGAAGCUGCCAAACAGUUAAUCUCAAACAUGGCCGCCAAUUCCCAACAGUUUGGUACAAGACAUGAUGCGCCACCCAAAAGGGUGAAUAAGGUAAGUACAUCUUCCAUUGAACAACAAUUAUCUAAUCUUACCUCUCUUGUUAGACAAUUGGCUGUAGGGAAUGCGCAACAAGUAAAAGCUUGUGGGAUAUGUUCGACAAUGGGACACCAAACGGACAUGUGCCCAACACUUCAAGAGGAAGGGACUGAACAAGUCAAUGUAGCAGGAAACUUUCCUGGACCACCGAGGCAACAUGAUCCUUACUCCAACACAUACAAUCUAGGUUGGAGAGAUCAUCCAAAUUUCAGUUAUGGAGGAAAUAGACAAGUAGGAGGUGGACAAAAUUUCUUCCAGAAUAGACAGCAACAAAGUUUUCAACCAAAGCAACCUGCCUCACAGAGUUCAAACUCAUCCCUGGAAGAUACAGUUAAGUCCCUUGCUUUGAAUACCAAACAGUUUCAACAAGAUACAAGAUCUAGUAUUCAAAGUUUGGAGAAUCAGAUGGGUCAAAUGGCAACUGUUAUAAGUUGUUUAGAGGCUAAAUUUGGAGGGAAGUUGCCUUCUCAAACAGUGGUGAAUCCAAAGGAGAAUGUGAAUGCAGUGACGCUAAGAAGUGGCAAGAAAAUGGAAGAACCAAAACUAGACAAUCAAAGUGUAGCAAAGGAAGCAGAGAUUGAAGACGAAAUUGAGAAAGAAGAGGCUACAACUGAAUCAAAGGUAAUUCAUAACCCUUCAAUUCAACUUCAAUCUAAUAUUUUACCUUUUCCUGGUAGAUUCGCGAAGUCAAAGAAAGAAGAGAAGGAUAAAGAAAUUUUGGAGAUGUUUCGCAAGGUGGAAGUGAAUAUACCUCUGUUGGAUACAAUUAAGCAAGUACCAAGGUAUGCAAAAUUUCUUAAGGAGCUAUCCACCAAUAAGCGGAAGUUGAACGAUGAUGAGAAGAUAAUAAUGGGAGAAAAUGUGUCAGCAGUUUUCCAAAGAAAACUUCCUCCCAAAUGCAAGGAUCCAGGUCCUGUCAAAGAUAUUGGUGUUAUUAUCCAAUUGGCUGAUCGCACUAAUGCAUACCCUAAAGGGGUAGUUGAGGAUGUUCUUGUGCAGGUCAAUGAGCUAGUGUUUCCAGUUGAUUUCUACAUUCUGGAUAUGGAUGAUUCCUCUUCUCCUGACCCUACACCUAUCUUACUAGGAAGACCAUUCCUAAAUACAGCUCAGACAAAAAUAGAUAUUCAUGAUGGUACCCUCACGAUGGAAUUUGAUGUGCAAGAGAUCUUUGAGUUGAAUAAUGUAGAUGAGUUAGAAGUUGCCCUUCUCAAACAUGUGGAAUCAGAGGAGAAAGGAGAGAUGGAGCUCAGUGAAGAAUUGAAGGAGACAGUAGUAGCUUUACAUUCUUUAAAACCGAUUCCAGAAAGGUAUGGAGUUUCUUUUAUAAAGCUCCAUGAUUCUCACCAGAAAUUGUUGCCUUCUGUUUUGCAAGCCCCUAUACUAGAGUUGAAGCCAUUACCGAGCCAUUUGAAGUAUGUGUACUUGGGAGAUAAUGAAACACUGCCGGUAAUUGUGUUGAAGAAGUUAACACCCAAUCAAGAAGAGAAACUAGUUCGAAUGUUGCGGGAGCAUAAGGAAGCGAUUGGCUAG